UAGCCUAUAAAUAUGUCCGCAUCUUUCCAUCUCACUCCUGGUCAGAGAGAGACACAAGUCCAGUCCAGCUAGCUGCUCUGCUAGCUAGCUUCACUCAGCGCCACAAACACACACAUCGCUUCAGAUCAGAGAUGGCGACGAUGGCCGGCAGGCUGCUGCUCCUCCUCCUCCUCGCCGUUGGUGGCCUUCUUGCCGUCUCCAUGGCCGAGCACGAGGUGCUGGCCAAGGGGAGUGACGAGCAUGACGACAAUGUGUACCAAGUGAGCAAGGGAGGACAGGGCAGCCUCAAAAGCUACCAGUGCUCGCCGCAGUGCUCCCGGCGGUGCGGCAACACGCGGUACAAGAAGCCGUGCCUCUUCUUCUGCAACAAGUGCUGCAACACGUGCCUGUGCGUGCCGUCGGGCUACUACGGCAACAAGGGCGAGUGCCCCUGCUACAACAACUGGAAGACCAAGCGCGGGGGACCAAAGUGCCCGUGAGCUGAAGGCGUGCGUGCAUACACAAAUGUGCGCGCGGGGGUGUGUCCUGAUUCAUGAAAAACAUCACUCACUCGAUUCAACAUUAGGAUCAGAGCUACCUAUAUACUAUGGCUUUGGCCGUCACGUUGAUGUACUACUACGUAUAGUAUGUAGCAGGUCUUGGUGCUGCGGCCAAAGCCGCUGUAAACACUACUACGUUUAAAUUUAUAUGUAUCAUCACGGGCCACUCACUCUCGAUUCAAUUCAAAUUUUACUUGACACUA